UAAGUGACGCAUGCGUGGAGGAUAUGCGCUUUGCAGCAAAGUCCUCCUUUACUCCACACACGCUUCUAAGCCUCGCUACUAACUACACUUUAUUCAUCCUCCGUGUCAGGAUAAACUCCACUCGUCUCACUCAACUUUGGACAUUAUUAGGCCCGCUUAGCUUGCUACUUGUUUUAGCGCGCUAGUUAGCUUUGCAUACUAGUUGUUUUAGCGCGCUAGUUAGCUUAACAUGCUAGUUAGCUUAGCUUGUUAGCUGCUAACAAAGAGACGAGGAUUUGAUCAACACAUCGCUUAGUUAAGAUCAAGUGUGAGUGUAAAGUGUUGUGAUUGUGUGAAAAUGUGUGAAAGAACGAUAGCAGAGUACAAAGAGGAACUUUCUCGGAUGAAAGAAGACAACAAAAGACUACGUCAACUACUGGACGCUGUUUUCAAGAAACCUCAAGUUGUGUUACACAGAACAGACGUCUGUGAAGAUUAUCUUCACUCUGAUCAACAGCAGUGGAGCUUCAGGAUGGAAUACUCACUCAUCCCCCAUUUUAAAGAGGAAGAGGUGGAUCCACUGACCCCUCACGUUAAGGAAGAAGAGGAGGACCCACUGACCCCUCACAUUAAAGAGGAAGAGGAGGAACACAGCAUCAGUCAGCAUGUUGAAGGAGUGGAGGAGGUUGAUGUCACCAAGAUGCCAGUGACUGGUGUCCCUGUGAAGAGUGAAGGUGAUGAGGUCAAAGACAUCCAUCAGCUGAUUGGACACCAAGAAGAAUGUCUCCCUCAUCUGCAGGGGGACAGUUUCACUUUAGAGGAUCCACAGCCCUCACAUUUUAAAGGGGACAAGGAGGAUCCACAGCCCCCUUAUUUUAAAGAGGAAGAGGAGGGAGAGUGUGUUGUAGGGCAGGAGGAGGAUGAUGUCAUGACUGUUGUCUCUGUGAAGACUGAAGAGCAUGAAGACAAAGCACGUGAGUCCUCACAGCUUCAUCACAGUCCAAAUGUCCAGCAGGUGUCAGCGGGGAGUCAUGAAGAGGAGUGGCACACCAGUGUGGGACAGAAGGAGCUACAGGCCCCCUCCCACAUUAAAGAGGAGCAGCUUCAUGAUUUAAGAUGAAGCUCAGUCCUUACAGCUUCAUCACAGUCAAAGUGAGGAGAACAGAGGGGCGGAGCUUGUAAGUCAACACAUCACAGAAGCUGAUGGAGAGCAUUGUGAAGAUAUAAAGUCAGAACCAGACAGCAUCUUUGCUCCACUGUCAGACAUGGACCACAUGAUGUCACACUCUUCUGAUCACAGUGACCACAUCCAAAAACCUUUGGAGAGUCAAAAUGACUCUAAAGGUGAUACGAGACAUCACACUAACAACAAACACUUUGACUGCUCUCAAUGUGGGAAAUCAUUUAGACACAAGAGUCAUUUUACAGAACACACGAGAAUACAUACUGGAGAGAAACCUUUUACUUGCUCCGUUUGUGAGAAGAGUUUCCUAAGGAAGGGUGACAUGACCAAACACAUUAGGAGGUCACACACUGGAGAUAAACCUUUUCCUUGCUCAGCUUGUGCUAAAAGAUUCAACACUAAGAAUGACAUGACCAGACACAUGAGAACACACACUGGUGAAAAAACUUUUGCUUGCUCAGUUUGUGCUAAAAGAUUCAACGCUAAGAAGGAAAUUAUAUUACACAUGAGUACACACACAGGUGAGAAACCUUUUACUUGCUCUGUUUGUAAGAAGAGUUUCUCCAGAAAGCAAAGCAUGACCACACACAUGAGAACACACACUGUAAAGAAACCUUUCCUUGCUCAGCUUGUUCUAAAAGAUUCAACACCAAGAAACACAUUAUAUUACACAUGAGAACACACACAGGUGAGAAACCUUUUACUUGCUCUGUUUGUAAGAAGAGUUUCUCCAGAAAAGACAACAUGACCACACACAUGAGAAUACACACUGGAGAGAAACCGUUUAGUUGCACUGUGUGUGAUAAGAUGUUCAGGUUUAAGAAUCAGGUGAGUAAACACAAGUGUGUAACAGUCAUGGAAGCUGCAGGGAUUUAAAAAGACUUAAACUGUGAUUGUGCUAAAUGUAGUUUAAAAACACAGCAUGUUUAAUAAGAAUGUAUAUUUGAUGUUGUAUGUAGUGCUUCUCAUCUUCUAGUCUUAUAUGUUGUCCUGUACUUACUUUUUAAGUUGUGUGCAUGUAUGUAAUAUUAUAUAUGUAGCUACUUUUUUAUUCUAUUUUCUCAUUGUGAAAGAGAGGACAUUUUAUUUUUUUAAUUUGUUUUUUUUCACACAUUUUUCCCAUUGCAUUUUAUUGAUGUUAUUAUCCAAUUAAAAGUAUGAAUGAAUAAAAUGGUUCACACAAUGUGGACUCUGGUAGAUUAGCAGCAUUGUUACAUCAUGGAUGUUAACUACUGCAAAACAUCAACAAAGAAGAAAAAUGCUGAAGUUAGCAACACAUCACUGAACUUUAGAGCCAUCGUGAGUGGAGUUGCUUGUUUUUAUUGCUGCAUUUCUACUUAUUUCACCUCACAUCUUCACUUUUAAUACUAAAGUCUUCUUCACAUAUAUUGUUGUAGGCUUCUAACAUUUAUGUUUCUGAUGUGUGUGUAGUCUGUGGAAAGGGUUGUUGUCCCUUGUGGAUCCAAUUGUUCACUUGCACAUGUACAUCUUCAUCAUCAUCAUCAUCAUCACCGGCCCAAUACUGGAUGAAACCUUAGCAUUAAUGUUUUAAUAUAAGUGUGACCUCAAUAUUCCUUGAUAAUAAGACUAAAAAUACAGAUUUAAGUUCUGUAUUAGAGUGCUUCAUGUAGUACUCCAACUCGCCACACUGAGAAGUGGGGGCGAUCAUGAGCUAGCAGAUGCAUGUUGCUAUCAUGUUUUAUCAGCGAGGAAGACAGCAUUUGUGUUUACUUUUUGUCAGAUCCAAGUUUUAAUGCUCUGCUGAAUAAAUGAAUGACUAUGGCUGCCAAUAUGGAGGAUUAUAUAUAUAUUUAACAUCAAAUACUUCUCUUAACAGGUAGAAAAAUGACACCACAAUAAAAGUGAAACAGCAGUAGGACUCAGUAAAUAUUUUAUUAAUUGACUAAUUAAUGAACUAUAAAGAGUAACAU